UUCCUGCGAGUGGUGCGCUUCGUCCGAAUCCUGCGCAUCUUCAAGCUGACGCGCCACUUCGUGGGCUUGCGCGUUCUCGGGCACACGCUUCGCGCAAGUACCAACGAGUUCCUCCUGCUCAUCAUCUUCCUCGCUCUCGGCGUCCUCAUCUUCGCCACCAUGAUCUACUACGCCGAGAGGAUAGGAGCCAGUCCGGACGACCCUACGGCGAGCAAGCACACCAACUUCAAGAACAUCCCCAUAGGUUUCUGGUGGGCCGUGGUGACCAUGACCACUUUAGGCUAUGGAGAUAUGUAUCCGGAGACGUGGUCGGGCAUGCUGGUGGGGGCGCUGUGUGCCCUCGCAGGGGUGCUGACUAUUGCCAUGCCCGUCCCCGUCAUUGUGAACAACUUCGGCAUGUAUUACUCUCUGGCCAUGGCCAAGCAG